UCUUUCAAGGGAUCGGAUCUCAAAUAAAGCGGUUUUUUUUUGCCUGGCUUUGCCGCAUUUAGAAAUUAUUUUUGUUUUUGCGAGUUUUAACACAAAACAUUGCAUAGUUUGAAAUGAGAAUGUUAUUUCAGUAAACUACUACAAUUUUUAACUUUUAACCACAAAGAAAUCUGUUAUAAUGACUAAUAAUGUGACUCCCUACUGGAAACGGCUAUGGCGCUGGGUAUCUUCACAAAGUCUUGCACAAGAAAAGUUACUGAUUGUUUUAAACAAAAGUGUUGUGGACGCACUAAGCCAGGGUCUCACCUGUUACAAACCUCACAAGCCUGAAUUGUAUGCACAGUUGCAAAACAAAUAUCCAGAUCAGACUAAGCUUUUAAGUGUGGUGCAAACUUUACAACUCUAUUUAGACGUAGAUUGCUUUCAAAUAUGGGAAAUUUUGAAGCAUUAUAUGUGCGAUAUAUCAUAUGGUACCCCAGACGAUGCACUGAAGAAUGUAGCAUUUGUUGACACAAGACCUACAUUCCUUCUGCCAAAUGCUUGGAGUUUCUACUAUUCCGAGAGAUUAUUUCUCCUCAAACUGCUGCAAUAUAUCAUUCAAUUCAAGAAUGAUGUAAGCCAUAAAUAUUGCAAGGAGUUCAAUAAAAUCAUAGAUGACAUUGGUAUAGGAAACUUAAAAACAUCUCUAAUAUCUCAGUUUGAGAAAACAUUAUUGGCUACUCCACCACCAAGAAAAAUUCAGAAUGAGUUUGGAAGUGAUACAGUGAGGCAAGAAUGGGCCGAGUCAAAUUUAAGAGAGCAGUUGGCAAUUCUGCAGAUAAUUAUGUUGAUAGCAAAUGAAUAUACUUUUACAGAAUCAGAAUUUACUAAUUUGUUUAAAUUAUUCAAGAAGCAUUAUUUUGGAAAGAAUCAGGGCUAUAGUAACUUUUUGGAUGAGCAACACAGAGAGGCGUGUUUGAGGGUUAUGUAUAUGGAAGUUGGGCUGUUCACUGUAAUUUUAGACAGUGGAAAAAUCAAAAAUGUUUCUGGCUGGAUAGAAAGUACAAAAGAAUUAGUAGAAACUGAACUUGUCAAGUUGGAACCUCAAGCAGAACAUAGUCUUAUGCUUAUUGUAUGGAUGAUGUUAACCCUGCAGAGUGAAACACAUGUUAAAUUGUUUGAGAAUCAGUACCAACAAUUUGGAGCAACUGCAUUGCGGAUGAAAGUUUUCAUAUUCAUGCAACAAAUGCUGAGCAGUUCUGUAUAUUCAGACGGUUCCAAAUGUGCUGUCAUAAUGCGUCACAGGAUGUUCAGACUGUUAAACGAAUUGUGUGACAGAUUCGACGGUGACGGAACAAUGAGCCAUCAACCAGGAAUGAUGAUGUUAUGUGCUGAUCUUCUUAAAGCUCCGGAUAUAGCUCAACAGUUCUGGUCGCUCCAUAAAAUGGAGGACCAAUUUGGUGUAGUGUCACUUUGGCAUACCGCAUUGGAGUAUUUUCCUUACAAUUUCAGCGCUUUGUCCAUCCUUUCCGCUGGAUUGGCAGAAGCUGGAAAGGAUAGUACAAGGAAUCUAAUUGCAGAACUGAAGAGUUUACCAGUCUACACAGAAAUAUACAACCCUAAUGCAGUACCACUGAUGUCAAUACAUUUGGAUAAUGCAGUUGUAGGACGAGAUUAUUUCCCCAUGGGUGAUGAAUCGUACCGCAUAGAGGCGGGCUCGAAAGCCACCAUAAUGGAAAGAAAGGAGGGAACCAUGAUACACUUCCGAACACCAUAUUCAUAUUGGACUAUAUUUAACAGUGAAAUAGAAAAAGCCUUGGACCGUAAACAAAACUAUCAAAAUGUGAAUGUAACGUUGGAGAAGGUCUACGAAGGUGCCAAAGUUUUGAAAAAUGUAUUAAAGGCUUUGGUCGGAGAUAAGGAGAUUCCUAAAAGUUUGGUGGCUCCCAGUGAAGGAGUCUUCGAUGUUUUGGUGAGAUUUCUGAAAUCGGAUGCAGCACAGCUUGAAUUGUUGGUGGAAUGUCUCAGUGUGUGUACAACAUUAGUACCUAUGUUUCCAAAGGAUGUUCAUUUAAGGUUAAUAAACACAGGCCUCCUGCCGCGCAUCGUCAACCACCAGCUGGGUCACGUGGAGUACGCGCACGGCGUGUCUCUUGACUCGGCGGCGGUGGGCGCCUACCUAGUCACUGUGGAACAGCCCAACGGGUCAUACGCCUUCUUGGGGGCAUAUAUUGAUAUGCUGCGCUCUUUCCACGAGGCAUCAGACGACGAUCGUAUAGUAACGGAAAUCUUGCUCCCCGGGCUAGUGUUGAUACUGCAUGAGGUGUUCCCCAACGUGUGCGGCUGGCGCUACACUAGCGCUCACGAACGAAGGCGGUUGAUCCAACGCUGCGCAGAAUUCUUGAGUCUGGUUCUCCAACAGAGUAGCACUAAGCCGAAUAUGGUGCUCUUGAAGAAGACCUGCAUAUACAGCCUCAUGCAUACGGAGAAUGCUUUGGAGUUGAUGAAGAUUAUAUCGUUUGGUAACGAUCGCCUGGAAAGGCUUAUCCAAGACGACACAAACUGGGUAUCAGGCCCCGUCUACCAAUACACAUCAACUUUACAACGAUGCCUUGCGAUCGUGAUCUCUGUCCUCAGACAAAAACCCUUGGUCAGUGAAGAUAGCGAAGUGUCCGCUCUAGAACACUUGAUAUUUGCACAGAACAAACAAAUGGACGAGCUAAAAGUUGUGCCCAGAGUUACUAGUUACAUCAAUCAUGCAUUCAAUAAAAGUUUGUCUGUGCUCAGUUGUCGGCUGUUGAAGCGGUUUGCAGAUGGUUUUCAAAUGUCCCUAUUUGCGUCAUUGGACAUGACGGCCUAUCAGGUGCGCGUCAUGUUCCUGGACCGAUUGCGAGACGAACACGAAACCGUCGGACUGAAGAUCGCGAUAUUAGAGUUCGUUACGACUUGCAUCGGCAAACAGCCCGGCCUCACUGAGGCUUUCUUUAUGUUGAACCAUGAGAAGGUCAAAGAAGAUGAAAAGCCUGAAGAAAAUGGAGAAGUUGUUAAAAAAGAAACCGACUCUGAUGAUGGUUUUGAAGGUAUUUUGGGAUAUAUGGCUGAAUAUCUCGGCUCUGUGAAAUCAGAUGCAAAAUCACUCCACAGUCCAUUGCUAGCUUGUAUUAUGGCACUAUUCCAUGCAUUAUGGAAAAAUAACAUGCAAAUCUUAAUCAAAAAGUUGCGAGAGCAUCCUAAAUUUUGGGAAUACAUGAUCAGUCCCUUAUUUAGUCAAAUUCAACCAGAACUAAGAACUUACAGUCAAAUAUUCAACGUUCUGGGCAUUGAAUUGUUUGUAUCAAGAGGCAAGUUAGAACCUAAUUUCCAAGAGAUGUUGGAACUUUUUUUCGACAUUAACAAAAAGCAUUUGGACAAUUGGAUCAACUACAUAUUCUCGUUUAAAGACAGAAACGACUCCGAAGAUAUAGUCGACAGAGUGCCUGUGUGGUUAGGUUUACUUACCUCUUGGAAAGAUUUCGUCACUAUAUUCUGUAAAUAUCUUCCUAUCAGUCUGAACAUUGCUCACAAGGCCAAACUUGAAGCGCCUUGUAUGAAUGCACUGUUGAAUGAGCUGGACGAUUUGAAAGAUGGAAGGCUUGUUGCGAUUUUGGCGGAACUUUACGUAAUCAUGCUCGCGAAUUGGAAGCAUGAUUGCUUCGACAAUCGCAAGGAGAGUGCAAAGCAGGUCGAAAUAUUGCUAACUAAUACCGCCAUCGUUUACGAAUGUUUACAUCCGAGAGCCAUUCGUGCCAUUCUGUCCAUCGGUACGGUAGCGAUCAGCACUUUAGACUACGAAAUAAAAGCGAACAGUGUCACAGCCCAAAGUAUAAUACGUUCCGUGACCAAUAUUAACAGUUUGGAACUAGGGAAACUGUUAGACGAAAUAAGAGAUGACAAGAAAGGUAAUGCUGACACGAAAGAUCGUAACGAAGAUAUCCCCCCGAUAGUAUUGUCACUGGCAAUGCUCGAACAGUGUUUAGACUUAUACGACGAUCUCUUUUCGGGGCUCUCGCACUGGUUCCAAUCGACCAAGUUCAUAAACAAGAUUCUCUGUUGCCUGCAAGCCAGUUUGCAGAAUCGUCGGCAUUAUGACACGUCACUGGCGGCCUUGAGGUGUCUCACGGCCUACGCGAGAGGACCCUUUGCGAAAGACUUACUGAUGAGCGAUGUGGAUCAGUUUCUGUGGCUGCAGCUUUUGCCGCCGAAAUUUGAGCUGGACUCGAACGGAAACGCAAAGAAUCCAUCGGCUUGGAAACCACAGGAGUGGUGGCGUGUUUAUGCUUAUAGUUUGGAUUUUAUUUCGAUGAUGGUGAUGAAACAUGGGCAGUUUUUCGCGGGCGACGCGAUCACCUUUGUGGGCGUCCAUUUGGAACAUUUGAUAGAAGCCGUUCUGUUGCCGCGGCAAGUGUACAACAUUGACGCGUUGAAUCUGUGCGCUUCGACCUUGAACCUUGUGGUUCAGCUGGUAAAGUUCGAAGCGCGAUGGCGUAUGGAGAAUAUCAACUCUCUCAUUGGUAUAAUGCGCAGUACCAGCGCGUGCCUGCACCAGUGUGUGAUGCUCAUACAGCGCGCGCGCCGCGCCUCUGACCUCACGCCGCAAAUCGACGACACGGUCAUCGGCCCAGCGCCCACGCAACCUGCAGUUCUACACAGAAUUUUGGAAAUCCUCCACAUGGCGACCCUCUGCCUCCUGUCGUUCAGCCCGGACCUCCUGUCGCUGCUGGCGGACCCGCGGCUGGACCUGGAGCGUUGGCAGCCCGUCGUGGAACUCAGUUUUGGCGCGCCAAAGAUUACUUACGAACAAUUUCCACAACUCACAUUUGGAACUAUUCUUUCAGCGAUUUGUUUGCUGACAAAGUCAUUAAAUCAUGCGUACCACUCGGAUGAGGGCAGCGGCGGCGGCGGGCGCUCCCCGCGCGGGCGACGGCGUGCGUGCUCGUGCGGCAGUCCCGGCGGACCCAUAGAGGCGCGGCGAGCGGCGCGCAGCGAGUCCGCUGGCAGCAUCUCGUCUGCCGCCAGCGCACUGCCCGCGCCAAAUGAACGCCUGGUGGCUGGGGCGCUGGAGGCCACCAUCACCCUUCUGGCGUCACAGGCACUGCUGGCGGUCCGCGACCCGAACGUCUCCGCACGCCACAAGCAACUCGUGCGCCGCGAGCUGGCGUCUGAGCUGACCGUGUACCACGACUUCGUGCGCAAACGCAUCCUCUGCGCCGCACACUCGCGCCCGCAUCUCUACCGGAACAAGCUCGGCGCGUGGCCCCUCCCACCAAACGAAGACGAAACCAAGCUAAUAGAGUUAGCGAAACAUGAAAAUCCGUGCAACUUCGAAGACAAACGCAACGACUUGCCCCCUCCACCUCCCCCCAAAAGGGCUUCCCACGAUUCGAUGCGUGAAUACGUACUCCGCAAACAUUACUUGGUGAAAUGCGCGCAGACCCCUACUAAAGAACCGCCUUCCCCCGUAUCCCACUCGACUCCUACGUCGGACAAGAAGAAAGAAACUUCUAGAAGCUCGAAACGUGUCUCCUGGGCAGAAACCACCAGGGAUAGCGACGAAAUUUUCGAUAGUUCUUUAGAAGAAAUAGAACCUGUUUAUUCCAAUUUAACUGAUGUCCAAAUCAAUAAUGAUGAGGAUUACUUCCAUUUUAUGUCGAUUGUAUUCCUUUACAUAUGCCAAACAGAAUUGUAAUUUCCAUUGUAAGUUUUAAGAAUAAUGAAAUCAUUUUGCUAUUUUCUGAAA